AUGUAUUUUGAUGUAUUAGGUUCCUUAAGUACAACAUCGGCGGAAACUUCUUGUUCGUCAAUAACUGAUGCGAUUAAUGAACCUACAUCAAAUGUAUUUGAUUCAAUGUCAUCAAGUGUUAUAAAAUUAACUGGUGGUCGAGCACUUUAUCUCAAAGAAAUUAAUCGUCAUCUAGCAUUAGUAUGUAUUUUACAUGAAAAAGCGCUUUCAAAACAAGCUAUUAUUGAAUAUAAUGUUAAUCAAAUUAAAUCGUUUUUAGAUAAAUUAGGUCAUGAUGGUUUCAAUAAAUUACGUGCUACUUAUGAUGAUAAAACAGUGUAUGCAAAAUACGUAUUUACAUUUUGUACUAGACUACGUUGUCAAUCGGUUACAUUUACUGCUUGUUGUCCAAGAUGUGUUCUUCCAGCAAGCACAUCAAAUACAUUUGAAUGGGAUACAGUAUUUCAAUCAGAUAAUAAACACGAACAAUCAUGCGAUAGAACAUUUGUCAAAAUCGAUAAAGUAAUAAAAAAUCAAAGUAUUCAUCAAAGUCGACGGCUGAUAUUAAAUAGUUCAAAAUUACUUUGA